AUGGAUUCUGCGACGCCGUUCACCAGCAGCACCAUCGGCGGGCCCGGUGUGCGGCCUCGUUCGAAGUUGAAGAAGACGUUGGAUAUGUUUGCUAAGCAGUGGCCUUACAUUGGUUUCUGUAUUCUAUUGGCCGUGUUGAAUAUCCUGCUAGGCAUCCUCAUGCUGUCGUACUUGAAGCCCAAGGAAGAACCCCUCAUCUUCGGGAUCAUGUGUUUGAGCGUUGUUCUCUCUCUCGGCCAUUUCGCGGCGCUCUGCUAUCUCAUUCAACGAGCCAAGAACGAAUCGAGCGAUCCCACUAUGAUCGACGUCUUGUACACUAUCGGGGUGGUUGCUCUAUUUGCCAUCUCUGGCGCUGCUCUCACCGUAGAAUUGCCCAAUAAAUGUUACAACACUCAGCAAGAAGACUACAGACUCAUCGGCCAAGCAAUCUGUGACGGCAUCACCGCCAUGGCCGCCUCUUCCUGGCUGGCAGUUUUGACGAUGAUCAUUGCCUCCAUCCUCACCUUCGUUGCUGCUCGUCGGGCGAUCGAGCUGGCCAAGCUCCCACCUCCGGUCUUCCCGGAGGGUGCUCAAGCACCUGUGAUGCGCUGGCUGGACAGGAACGACCCCUUCCUAUCGAUCAGAGAACGCCAGCAGGAUUACGCCUAG